AUGGAGGCCUGGGAAACCUCUGAAAGGCAUAACACUGUACCUCACACUUGCACCUCGCACGAGACGCCUGUCUGGGCUGAGGGCACUACGGGUCCAGACCUACAGGUACAGGCCACAGAAGCGGUGGCCGCAAAGAAAACGCGACGACACACACCUGACCCACAGAAGGCCCGCUGCACCACGCCAACAGGGAAGACCCUGGACCCUACAGGACUCCAG